AUGCCGAUAUCUGGGGACGAAUGCGCGAUUGCUAGUAAAUUACUCGGUGCGUCCGUGCCGCCGUCAUUACGACCGGUGCCAGCAGCCGGGGACAAGGCGCUGUACGAACGAGGAUGCGUGCGUGUCAUGCGUAAUUAUUUUGUAGCGCGCUACACCUUCGCUGAACUGUUUUCAAUGUUGGCUCCAUUUGCGAGACAGCAUGUAGAACCAGUAGCUGGACACUGUGGU